AUGUUUUAUUUUGGGGGAACAAACUUCGGACGGACAUCAGGGGGCCCGUUUUAUAUAACUAGUUAUGACUACGAUGCUCCCAUUGAUGAAUAUGGACUGCUAAGACAACCUAAGUGGGGGCAUUUGAAGGAUCUCCAUGCAGCAAUAAAGCUUUGUGAGCCUGCUUUAGUUGCUGUUGAUGAUUCACCACAGUAUAUACGAUUGGGACCAAAUCAGGAGGCGUAUAUAUAUAGUCAACGUGUUCAUUUUGAAGACCUUAACAUAAGUCGGCCAGGAAAUGGAAUUGUCUGCUCAGCAUUUCUUGCGAAUAUUGAUGUACAUAGCACAGCUACUGUGACAUUCCUUGGUUGCAAAUAUACUUUGCCACCUUGGUCGGUGAGUAUAUUGCCGGACUGUAGGAACACGGCUUUUAACACCGCCAAGGUUGGGUCACAAAUUUCCAUUACGACACUAGAGUUUGGUUCUCCUCUGUCCUCAAAUAAAAAGGGACCUGGGGAAUUAUCGCCUCAUUAUGAAAUUCCCUUUGCUACCUCAAAAACCUGGAUGACUCUUAAAGAUCCAAUUGGCGUGUGGGGGGAUAAUUUCACUGUUCAGGGCUUAUGGGAGCAUUUAAAUGUGACAAAGGACACAUCUGAUUACUUGUGGUAUACAACCAGGAUACAUAUUUCUGAUGACGACAUUUCAUAUUGGGAGGAAAAUGAAGUUAGUCCCAGACUUAUUAUUGAUGAAAUGCGUGAUGUAGUUCGCAUUUUCUUAAAUGGCCAGCUUGCAGGCAGUGCUGUUGGUCAUUGGGUCCGAGUUGUUCAACCUGUUCAUUUAUUGAUAGGAGAGAAUGAGUUAGCAUUAUUAUCUGAAACAGUGGGUUUGCAGAACGAUGGUGCCUUCUUUGAGAAAGAUGGGGCAGGAUUUAGAGGCCAAAUUAGACUUUCUGGUUUGAAAAAUGGGGACAUUGACCUCUCCAAGUCAUUUUGGACCUAUCAGGUGGGGCUGAAGGGUGAAUUUAUGAGAAUAUAUGAUCUAGAUGAAACUGAACAGGCAGAUUGGAUAGAUUUGGCAACAGAUGCAACUCCAUCCGCCUUAUCAUGGUACAAGACAUAUUUUGAUGCUCCUGAGGGAGUAGAUCCUGUUUCACUCAAUUUGGAAAGCAUGGGAAAGGGACAGGCUUGGGUUAACGGCCACAACAUAGGAAGAUAUUGGUCUCUGGUCGCCCCAAAAGAUGGCUGUCCGAAUACUUGUGAUUAUUGUGGCACCUUUUAUGCAAUGAAAUGUGCCACUAACUGUGGGAGACCUACUCAAAGCCGGUACCAUAUCCCGCGAUCGUGGCUGCAGGCAUCCAAAAAUCUUCAUGUCCUCUUCGAGGAAACAGGAGGAAAUCCAUUCAAGAUAUCAAUGAAGUCACAUUUUACAGGAAUUAUCUGUGCUCAAGUGGCAGAGUCCCACUAUCCACCUCUUAGCAGCUGGUCACAUCCAGAUGUUAUCCAGGGAAAAAUCUCAAUCGAGGAUGUGCCACCAGAAAUACACUUGCAGUGUGAUAAUGGACAUGCCAUCUCCAGCAUAACAUUUGCGAGUUAUGGUACUCCUGGGGGCAACUGUCAAAAGUUCUUCGUUGGCAACUGUCAUGCACAUAGUUCAUUUUCUAUUGUCUUUGAUGCAUGCCAAGGAAGAAAUAGCUGUUCUGUCAAUGUUUCAAAUGCAAUUUUUGGAGAUCCAUGCCAGGGCAUCAUUAAGACUUUAGCUGUGGAAGCAAGAUGUGUACCGUCUCCUAAUAUUAGUGAUGCAUGGUUAUGACAUAUCAAGUAGCUGAAUCAGGUGAUGUAGUGCCAAAUAGAGCUGGUUGAGCCUCGGAAUACACUGAUUUGCUACAAGGCACUAGAUGUAUCUGGGGUUGUAUAUAUUCUUUCCAACUACAAUCUCCUUUUGCUUUCUGAGAUGUUGAAAAAGCUGUAACUCAAUACUAUCUCAAUUUAUACGUUUCUUAGGUUGUUACAUACUCUAGUUUUUGCUUAAUUAUUGUAUAAUGUGACUAGAAUGUGAGAAUGCAACAUAUAUUUUCAA